CUUAUUAGUUAAUUUUGUUCGAGUGGGCGAGCGCCGAGCGCGAGUGAUGAGUAAAACCGUGCGGUAAACUCCUUUUCGCUGAGAACCGCUCCCGGGCUACGGCCGGCACUUUUCGAUCUUCUCCUCCUCCCCGUACUCCGAUCAUCAUCAUCGGCCUUCGCUGGCGCCGCUCAACUGAGGGGAUGAGCGGCGCACGGCUUUGCUCUGUGCUUGGCGAACUGGGAAUCGGUGGCCAUGGAUCUUUCGAGCCGGACAGCUUCGAGUGGCCAUUCCAGUACGAAGAGGUUGCCCCAGUACUCGAUUGGAUAUGCUCCAGUCUCCGCCCCUCUAAUGUUCUCUCUCCUUCCGAGCUUUCCCAGUACGAGCAAUUGCUAAACGAGGGCAAGCUACUCGAGGGAGAGGAUUUAGAUUCUGCCUAUGAUAGCAUUUCUGCCUUUUCAAGCAGGAAAGACAAUCAGGAAGCCUUGUUCGGAAAUGAAGAAAGACUAACAGAAAUUAGGGAGGCAAAAUCAGCUUACAAAGAAGAUGCUCUAGAAAUGCAGAAGCAACUUGAACGACAGAAAUCUCAGUUCUCUUUACUAGCUGGUCAAGUUUCAUCUCUCAUCCAGGGGAAAAGGGCUCGUGUGGCUGCUGUAGCUGCAGUCAAUGGACAACUUGCAGCUUUGGAUGAGAAGCUUGCUGGUCGAAAUUUAGAGAUGGAUGCUGUUCUGGGAAAGAUUGCUUCAACUGCGCAAGAAUUGGCUCACUAUCAUAAAGGGGAUGAGAACACAGUUUUUUUGGCAUACUCUGAUUUCCAUUCCUAUCUAAUCGGAGAUCUAGCUUGUGGCAAGGAACUAAACCAAUGGUUUUCCAAACAAUUUGAUAAGGUACUUGGUCUGACCAUUUACUACUCAAAUAUUGUUCACUUGAUUGUCUCAACUUGCACUUGGGAUAUUUGCCUUUGGAAUAAAGAACAUUGUAUUGUUGGUGGCAAGACCUUUCAUAGUUCUUUCUUAUUCACUACUGUUAUAUAAAUAUCUAGGCUUAAA